GCUCCCUCCUCCUCGCUCCCCCGCCUCCAUUUUGUUCGCGGACGCUGGGGACGGUGGGAGCAGAUCCAUUUCCGGGUUGGCAAAAGGGGCGGCGGCGGCGAGAGAGGGAGAUUGCCGGGGAGCGAGCAGGACGGGACGAAGCCGGAGCGGAGGUGGAGGAGGAUUCGCUCCCGGGGCUGCUGCGGCUAGGUCGGAAAGAGGCAGAGGAGGCUGGAAACUGACUCCUGAGGAUGUGAAAACCUUAUUCCAUCAUGGUUUCUACGAUAGAAGGGCUUAAGAGGGGAAUAGGAAUUGAUGUGUUGCUGAGCUAGAGGCAGCCUCACAAUAUUUCUGAAAAUCAAGGUCUCUGAAGAACACAGAUGGUGAGGUAUAUGAGUGACCUAAAGCUGCAAAGUGAAACGGAGAGAAAGCAGUGCCAACUGCGAGCAGGGCAAGGAUGCCAAUUCCUCCACCCCCUCCACCGCCCCCUGGUCCUCCUCCACCUCCCACUUUUAAUCAGGCAAACAUAGAGCAGCCCAAGCUGAGUAGAGAUGAACAGCGGAAUCGAGGUGCCCUUUUACAGGACAUCUGCAAAGGGACCAAGCUGAAGAAAGUGACCAACAUUAAUGAUCGGAGUGCUCCCAUCCUUGAGAAACCGAAAGGAAACAGUGGUGGUUAUGGCUCUGGAGCAGCUGCCCUGCAGCCCAAGGGAGGUCUCUUCCAAGGGGGAGUGCCGAAGCUCCGACCUGUGGGAGCCAAGGAUGUUUCAGAGAACCUAGCUGGUAAGCCAGCCCUACAAAUCCCCAGUUCUCGAGCUGCUGCCCCAAGGCCACCAGUGUCUACAGCCAGCGGGCGCCCCCAAGAUGAUACAGACAGCAGCCGAGCCUCACUCCCGGAACUGCCCCGGAUGCAGAGACCCUCGUUACCGGACCUCUCUCGGCCUAAUACCACCAGCAGUACAGGCAUGAAGCACAGCUCCUCUGCCCCUCCUCCACCACCCCCGGGGCGGCGUGCCAACGCACCCCCAACACCUCUGCCUGUGCACAGCAGCAAAGCCCCAGCCUACAACAGAGAGAAACCCUUGCCGCCCACACCUGGACAAAGGCUGCACCCUGGUCGCGAGGGACCUCCUGCUCCACCCCCAGUCAAACCACCUCCUUCCCCUGUGAAUAUCAGGACGGGACCAAGUGGCCAGUCUCUGGCUCCUCCUCCUCCUCCUUACCGCCAGCCUCCCGGGGUCCCCAAUGGACCCUCCAGUCCCACUAAUGAGUCAGCCCCUGAGCUGCCACAGAGACACAAUUCUUUGCAUAGGAAGACACCAGGGCCUGUCAGAGGCCUAGCCCCUCCUCCACCCUCCUCAGCCUCUCCGUCACUACAGAGUAAUAGACCACCUCCCCCAGCCCGGGACCCUCCCAGUCGGGGAGCAGCUCCUCCACCCCCGCCACCCAUGAUCCGAAAUGGUGCCAGGGAUGCUCCCCCUCCCCCCCCACCGUACCGAAUGCAUGGGUCAGAACCCUUGAGCCGAGGAAAGCCCCCACCUCCUCCCUCAAGGACGCCAGCUGGGCCACCCCCUCCUCCUCCACCACCCCUGAGGAAUGGCCACAGAGAUUCUAUUACCACUGUCCGAUCUUUCUUGGAUGAUUUUGAGUCAAAGUAUUCUUUCCAUCCAGUAGAAGACUUUCCUGCGCCAGAAGAAUAUAAACACUUUCAGAGAAUAUAUCCCAGCAAAACAAACCGAGCUGCCCGUGGAGCCCCACCUCUGCCGCCCAUUCUCAGGUGAAGCCUGGCUUGGUCCUGUUCCUCAGGAAAAGGAUGGACCCUCUCCUCUGCUCAGAUGGUCCCUUCCAUUCCCCUGAAACCUGCAUGAGAGCUCCUGAAGUGUUUCUCCAGUGCAACCCAUCUCUAGACACCAAGCGUCCUCCCCACUCACCUCCAUCUAUGCAUCUCGUCUCUAGACUUGGUGAUUGGACUCUUUAUAUUGACAGUAGGGUCUCAAACCCUGCAUCCAUCCCUCCUCUUGCAAGCCCUGCUAGCCAGAUGAGGAAAACGCUUCCAUGUUUCCUGCCUUCCUCUUGGGGAAAGGUGCCUUGUUAUGAUGAAUGAACUCAUUGUUGGGGCAGGGUGGAGAAUUGUACUCCUACUUUCUCCUACCCACUGUGGGGGAAGCGUGGCCGUUGUACUAUUUUUCCUCAUUUAGGAGGCUGGCAUGGCCAGGACUUCUGGGGGGGUGGGCAUUUUUAGUGAAACAGGAAAGGAAUUUGCAGAGAAGUGAUCUGUUUUAAAGGUCAAGUUUGAAGAAAAGGCAAAGAAAUGGGUCUGCUUUCUGUUUAGGGGUAUUUUGGUUUUGCUCUCACCCCACCCCAUGCCACCAACCCAGGGAGAAGUUGGAUAUUAUAAACACUAAAUACUAAUCAGUUGAACUAAACAUCUAAUAAAAAGAGGGUGAAAUAAACUGGGGAUCCUUUUAGAGCUAGUCAGUUUCUCUGCAGCAAAGGGGCCAGGAGCCAUUUGUGCCCUCUGGGACUCCCUGCCCAUUUGCCUGUUUCCUCAGGGUGCUGAGGCUGAGGGCUGUUAUUCCUCUCUGCACUGCCCAUCCCCUCAAGAGACAAGUCACUUUGAUUCAUUACAGAUUCACAAACUCCCAAAAACCUGCAGUGGGAGAUGGAAAAAUAGAGUGUUGGCCUUGACACCAAUAAAGUCUUUUCUGACUGGCCCUGGGGGCCUGCUCAGAGACUUUAGCCCCUGUUGGGUGCCCCGGGAUGACAAGGGAAGGUGAAGCACCUCGUGGAAGGGUCAACUCUGUGGGUUAUGAAGGACUUUAAGGCCCAUUUGUUCCAAAGUUCACAGCCCAUCUGAUUUAGCAGGUACUUCUGUUCCUUUCUCCACUACUCUUCCCUUUGCAAGACUGCAGGGGUUAAUAUAGCAGAAUAGAGAAGGGUGAGGAAGGUUAUGGGGACAGUCAGAUUCCUCUGUGCCAGGAAGCACAAAGACUUUGGUGAAGUGUGCCUCAGUCCAGUUGAUCUUCCUUGGCAGCCAGCAAUAUGUUUUUUCGUCUUCCAGGUCCUAGUUCAAGGACACAGGGGAAAUAGAGGGCCCCAGUCUAGGUAGAAACUGAGCUUGUAUAAUGGGAUGGGACUUCACCAUUCUCUCACAGCAGGAUGGAGCUCCUGGGCUCUACAUAUGGAUGGUUUGGUUUGCUACAACUCUUGCUGAGUGCAGAGAUUGCUCAAAGCUUGGAGUGAGAGCAGGGGAGGAGCCAAGGCUAUUCCUUGAAGUGGAUGGGGAAAGCCAAAUAAAAAUUUUCACCAGGUACAUCACAGGCUUAAAUUACCUUUGGGACCUCUUCAGUCUGUUGGAUCACAGACUAAGGAUCUGUGCAUGGUGCCCAGAGAAACCCAAGUCUUCCCAUGCAGGUGGGAGAGCUCUCAGCUUGGGUUCUUUAUUCAGGGUCUGCUAUCCUUUGCCGUUCCCUGGACUACAUUGACUCUUGGGACAAACCAUGAUGAAGUCUGUCCCCAAACCUUUUCUAAUCAUUCUCUUUAUCGUUUUUAUUUUCAAAUCUGUUAACAGUUGUCUCUCAGCAGUAUCCCCAGCAUUCUGAAGCCAGUAGUGCUGAGACAGGACGUGAGUGGAGGGAAAAAGAAUACAAGAAUUAACCCUGCAGCAGAGUUCCAGGGGAGAUGCUGACCAGUUACUGAACUUGGACUGUGAAGUCCUCCCAUUUGUUUUUGAAAUGGGAGUUGAUGCCUUUUGUAUAAUAUUAUCAAAGUAUAUCCUUUUUUCCCCCUUUACUCAGACAUAGAGCUUCAAAAUAAGUAUCACAAGUAAAAGCCAAACCCCAGCUUUUCAUUGGGGCUGAUAUGUUCCUCCUCUGUGACCUGCUGCCUCUCCUACUCCCCAGCAUUUGGACUGUGUCACAUAGGUAUUGAUAGUAUUCUAAUUUUCUUGGCCUCAUGAAAAAAAUGCCUGGGCCUAGAUCUAAUCAGAGGGAUUUUCUUCUUGAGAGCAUGUUGAUGGCACAGUACCUAUUUAAAUGUCUUUGCCUUAUUGUCCCUCUGUUAAUAACAGAUUUAUUAUCAUGUAUAUUUACUAUUGAAGAAUGGGAAUGUGAUCCUCAUAGUUAUCGAUCUAUUUUGUAUGUUGUAAAAAGCUUGUACUAUAGAUUUAAGGUGGGCUGGCUGCAAGAGCACUAAAACUUCUCACCUUUUAGCCUGCUCUUCUUACCUGCUUGUGGGAGUGCUGUCUCUUCAGUGGGAGAUGGGGUGGUCUCAUGUUGAGACUCUUGCCCAGUCCCCUUAACCCCCUUAAUUCCCUCCCAGAAGGAAGAGACAUUGCCCAACUAAGCAUCAGGAAGCUGUGUUAUAAGCCUCUGGGUGGGUUUGGUUUUAUGUUUUUCUCUAGUGGGAAAAACUUAAUUUCUUUCCACCCUUUCUGGGAAGCAGAGCAGUGGCUUCCGGGUUUUUAAACGAGCUAUAUGCCCCUCUUCCCCCCUCUUCUUUGGUCACCAAACUUGGAUCAAAUCAUUUUGAUAUUCCAGGUGUGGUUUUUCUGGGUUCUUCUGGUUUGGGGGAUUUCCUCCAGCUGCAGAGCCCCAUCAUCCUCACGGCCUGGGCUCCCAGAGUGAGGGUGCUUAGGGCUACCCCACCUGAUGGAUGUGAGACUACUUGUCUCCAGAAAUGCAUCCCAGCCCUCCCAACUGGCCAACACAAGGAGACUAGCCACUGGCCAUUGCACUGGGGGCAUCCCCUCACCCCACAGCUUCCCAACUUGAAAUCCAGAUUUACCUCCAGGGAGAGGUGAGAAAAAUUGUAAAUAGACUUGCUACAGAGCAACUCAGGGUUGGGGUGUGUUUUAAUUCUCCUGAUCACUUGAAAUAAUCUGUAGGCUGAGUGCUUAUGGGAGUGGGGGAAAAAUGUGACUCCAGGGUCCUUUCCUUCUGCAAUGCUCUGGGGGUGGAGUAUAGGGCAUCUGAGGCCCUUUGAUGGCACUACACUGAGCUGUCUGUCCUUCUGGAAACCCAAUCUACAGUCAACUGCAAAUCCAAUUCUUCACAUUCCAGUUGUAGCCUUUCUUUCCCUACUGAAUCUCAGUCCCUGGCAAUGUGGUCAAGGUGGCUUUCUGUAAGCCACCCUGAUUUAGGGAAUGGAAGGCAUUACAACUCUGCCUUCAAGACUCAUCUCUUAAAAGCAAAAUGAAACAAAACUACAGCCACCUUCCAAACACAUAAAAAAAUUUGAAGGAUAAUUGUUAAGCUGAAGGAAGGAUUUGGUUCCAUUCAACUCCACGGUCAUUGUGCCUUUACUUGUGUUAGAUUUCUGUGCUUUCUUCCUCUCUCUCUUUGAAGCAAUUAAAAUCCUCCUUGAUAACUAUUUCCUUCUACUCUUGUUUCUAACACCUUAGUGGGUUUCCUCUCGAAUUGUCUUAAAUCUCAUUCCACUGGUGGCAGAGGGGCCAAGCCUUCUUUUCUUAUGUCUAACCUUUGUCCUUUCCCACGGGACCAGCAUGGAAGUGCUAGUCAACACUGAAUAAAAGACUAGAGUGUUGUGCGCAGUGUGUGUGUGUGUGUGUGUGUGUGUGUCCAUCUUUGCAUGUGGAUCAGUUUAUUUUCUUUUAAAAAAUAAUUUAUUGUAUGAUUUAUUUUGGAGAUAUAUUCCAAUUGCAGUGCUCCCUCCUAAUAAGCAGUGAUUCCUCCCCCCCACCCCCCACCCCUCUACAAUGUAUAAUCUGGUCUCAGGUUGGAUUCUUUGGUACACUUCUUUCUUCUGGAAGCCGUGCAGUUUAAUUAAACCUUGCUUAAAAACAAAAACAAACACCUGAAAACUGUGUACUCUUGUCUGGAACACUGCCUCCAGUGGUGGCAUAGGGAGCGGAGAACAUUUGUUGCUUCUGUUGAGUGUGGUGGUUUGACUCUAGAACCUCUAAGAAGGUAGCUACACUGACUUGGGCAGAAGCAUCUGCAGCUUCCCAGGGUUCUUCCCUCCUCCAUUCCUGCUAUAUUUUGAAUAUCACAGUUCUUGUUACCCAUGCUCACCUGGGUGACUCUGGUAGUUCUGGUCAUCAUUUAUACGUUUGCCAUCUUACCUUCCCGAUGCCCAUGAUUUCAGGGGACCCAGGAUGCGCUCUGGCCUUGUGUCCUCUCCUCACAUCUCUUAGGAUUCUUUCUACUUGUGUUGCAUGGCAGGUUGUCCCACUGAGGUAUGGAAGAAAAGGGUGGGGACAGCAGAUGGACUGUAUGUGUCUAUUGUUAUUGCGGGUGUUGGCUUUUUUUCUUCCCUGCUUUUUACGUUGCAAUCUUGGCUGGCUUUCUUGAACUUCGACUUGGGGUGUGAAAAAUGAACCAGACAUUCUCUGCUUACUGUGGUCAGCUGACAUAAUCACCACCAAGACUUAAUGAGCUCACCUUGCGCUUUCAUCGCUAGGAAAGAUUUUGAAAUUAUUUCCCAUACUGAUUCAUAAUGGGUGUGUGUAUGAAUCACUUUCACGUAAUUUAGAUAUAAAAACUUAUGAGAGGGAGGGGGGAAAAGGCCUCCUUUCAUUUUCAUCCAUACUUCCCAGAUUGGCUGAAUCCCUGAUUAUUUGACCCAUCAUUGUUAUUAAUAUGAUUAAUAAACUACCUAUUUAUUGA